AUAUCAGCUUUUGUUUUUUCGAGAUCAUUGUAACAGCCCUUAAUUCUUUUAGCGAAUCUUGGCCAGUGAAAGUGCGAGUGUGACACAAAGUUAAAGAUAUCGUGAAUUGGUCGUGUGAAUUGUAAUGUGUGAAAUUGACUUAAAAACAAUGCUUUGACCUUGUCUAUUGAGAAGAUUCGUGAUCUCGCGACCGAAUCUCGGUAAGAUGACGAAUUCCUUUCUCGCCCUGAGAUCCAACUGUUGCUGGUGGACACCUUUCCCAAAUUACAGGGAUGUACGUAGUAGAGAAAGAACGCAGUCAGUCAAUUCUUUCGCAGCGAGGGAGCGCUCCUGGAAAGCAGCAAACGCAAAUUCUGAGCCUCACACAAAUUUGGAUCGAUCGAGCAAUUGAAAUCCAAUUCUUCAAAGUUUGACACUGAAACUUGACUUUUGUGGGAACUUUAUCCAAAAUCCAAAGAUGGCUGAUAAUAACACUCCAAUCACUGAACCUUUGAAGAAGGAAGAAGAAAACAAGGGCUCUGUCCACUAUGGAGAUGCCGACUUCGACGCCGAAGUUGUCAUGGAUGCUACCUGGGGAGAAGUUUGUCAAAUUUGCUGUGUCCACACUGGAGAGGAGUGGCUCAAGAUUGGCCUUGGGGUCGGCUUGAUCUGUUUCUUCCUCUACUUCUUCCUCUUUGGACUUGAGCUCCUGGGAAACUCUGCCAAGGUUAUGGGAGGAUGCCGAGCUGGAGAGCUUUUCGGUGAUGAGACCAACCCCAUUGCUGGAUUGAUGGUUGGUAUCUUGGCCACUGUCUUGCUCCAGUCUUCGUCUACCACCACCUCCAUUGUCGUCUCGCUCAUUGGAUCCGCCAUCAGUGUCCAACAAGGAAUCUACAUGAUCAUGGGUGCCAACAUUGGAACUUCCGUCACAAACACCAUUGUCGCCAUGGGACAAAUGGGAGAUGGAGAUCAGCUCGAACGUGCCUUUGCUGGUGCCACAGUCCACGAUCUCUUCAACUUCUUGUCUGUCAUUAUCCUUCUCCCCGUCGAGGUUGUCACUGGAUACCUCAACCACUUGACUGCUGCCAUGGUCAAGGGAGCCGAGACAGAGAAGGGAGACAAGUGGGAAGGACCUGUCAAGAAGCUCGUAUCCCCCCUUGGAAAGAAGGUUAUCAUUGCUAACAAGAAGCUCAUCAAAGACGUCGCCAAUGGAGUCCAGGACUGCAAAGACUACUACCCACUCAAGUGCGAGGACGGUGUUGUCUCCUACAAGACUUGUGAUACUGGUUUGAUCUCCUGUGACAAGAAGACCAACGACUGUCCCGCCUUUUUCGAUGUCGACGCCUCCCAAAGUGAUGACCAAGUCGCUGGAGGUGUUUGCUUCUUCAUUUCCAUCGUUAUCCUGUUCGUCUGCCUCAUUGGUCUGGUUGCUAUCCUGCAAAAGAUGCUUUUGGGAGUCUCCACUCGUAUCAUCUACAAGGCCACCAACGUCAACGGAUACCUCGGAAUCCUUAUUGGAGCUGGAAUCACCAUCAUUGUCCAGUCUUCUUCCAUUACGACUUCCGCUCUCACGCCUCUGGUCGGAGUUGGUGUCCUUCGUCUUGAACAGAUGCUUCCCUUGACACUUGGUGCCAACAUUGGUACCACCAUGACUGCUCUGAUGGCCGCCAUGGUUACAGAGGGAACUGGAGCUCUUCAAGUCGCCUUGGCUCACUUGUUCUUCAACAUUACGGGUAUUAUCAUCUGGUACCCUAUUCCAUUCAUGCGCCGCGUUCCUCUUGCUGGGGCUCGAGCGCUCGGAAGGGGCACUCGUUUGUGGCGUGGAUUCCCCGUCCUAUACAUCUUCGUUGUCUUUGUGGUCAUCCCUGCUAUCUUCUUGGGUCUUUCUGCCUUGUACGAACAAGGCACCAAGGGUUGGACCACCCUUGGAGUUUUCUUCACCCUCGUGCUCAUUGGAAGUCUUCUCUACCUCGGAUUCUGGUGCAAGUUCAGGGAAGGACGAAGGCGAAUGGGUGACUGCUUCCGUCUUCGUGAACGCAGACGCGAGACUAUGGAUACUCUUCCGGAUGAUAUGGAAUUCUUGAAGGCCCGCGUCAGUGCUCUUAUUGACCACACUGGCAUGCCGGAUGAAGAAGCCGAGGUGCCAGUCGUCACGGACGAUGAAUCUCCCAUGGAGAAGAUGGACAGUGCCAGAUUCAGCUCAAGCGAUGAUAUUGACAACGAGAUCCAGACUUAAGUGUCUGUUGAUCUCUCUCUGACAGGGUGGUCUUCGCCCCCACUAAAUGUUGCGUAUAGCGUACGAAUAGUUUCUCUCUUCCGAUUUCAAUGCAUAUUUUAGUAUCACCAAUUUUAAGGACAAGUUUACUACCUUUAGGAAGGCUUC